AUGGCUUCGACAGACGUAUCUGCGACAACAGGUGGCGGAGGCGAUGACUCGCAAGCACCACACACGUAUCCAGGUGCCGACGGUCAUAGAGGUAGAGGCAGAGGACGUGGAGGCAGGGGCCGGGGCAGGGGGGACGGACCGCACGCCCCAGGUGGGAACGCCCCGGCUGGGAACGUCCAAGCCGGGCGCGGAAGGGGCAGAGGCGGAAGAGCACCAAGAGGAGGACGGCAUGCCAACCACACAUCAUCCGACCCUGCUAUCGAGCCAUCAGCCGAACAAGGUUUUGAGCCGCCAAGUGAAAAGGGCACAGCUCCCCAGCCGGGCAAGUCGCUCAACUUCAAGACCGCCAAUGAGGUGCUGCAGGACGACGCCGACGACGAGGAUGCUGAAGUCUGUUUCAUCUGCGCGAACACAAUUGUUCACCGCUCUCUCGCGCCUUGCAAUCACGCAACUUGCCACAUCUGCGCAUUAAGGCUGAGGGCUCUCUACAAGAGCAAGGACUGUCCACAUUGUCGGACUUCAGCUCCGUUUGUCAUCUUCACCGAUGACGCCACCAAGAGGUUCGAGGAAUAUACAAGUGAAGAAGUCAGCGUCAGUGACGAGAACAUUGGCGUCAAAUAUACCAGCGAGGAUAUCAGGGACGAUACGAUCCUUCUUCUUAGGUACAAUUGCCCUGACGGAGACUGCGAUUUUGCUGGCUUUGGCUGGCCUGACCUGCACCGCCAUGUCCGUUCCGUCCACCACAAGAAGCUGUGCGAUCUCUGCACUCGACACAAAAUGGUCUUCACACACGAGCAUGACAUGUUCGCAGACCAGGAACUGACGGACCAUAUGCGGCAUGGCGAUGACAAGCCCGGGGCAUCCGACCAGACUGGCUUCAAGGGCCAUCCGCUCUGCGGCUUCUGCGGCGCGCGCUUCUACGAUGAUGACAAACUCUACGAGCAUUGCCGCAACAAGCACGAGCGGUGCUUUCUCUGCGAUCGGAGGGACUCAAGAAAGCCACACUACUAUCAAGAUUACAAUGCUCUCGAGGAGCACUUCAAAAAGGACCAUUUCAUCUGCCCCGACAACGAGUGCCAGGAGAAAAAGUUCGUAGUGUUUGCAUCAGAGAUGGAUCUCAAAGCCCACCAGCUCAGCGAGCAUGGGGGGUCAUUCUCCAAAGAUGUCAGGAGAGUCGACAUGUCAAGCUUUGACUUCCGGCAGAGCUACCAACAGGAGAGACGCGGAGGUGGCGCCAGCGGGAGGGAUCAGAAUCGGAGGCGUGGCCCCGAUCCCAACGCUGAAGCGCUACCUGUCAGCUCUGCCCAGCAGCUCAGGAGAGACGAGCUUGCUUUCCAGCGCCAGAUGGCCAUCAGCUCUAUCCAGUCCGCGCAGUCUGCACAGUCUACACAGUCAAGCGCGGGGCCGUCGUCUAGGCCAAACGCCAACACUUCAGCCCAGUCAUCUUUCCCUCCUCUGUCCCAGCCGCCACAGUCUUCCCAGACAACAAUUGACGACCUGCAGAACCUCAGCAUUGCUGACCUCUACUCUCUUACUCACGACCAGCGUGCUAGCCUUACGCGGCACGGUGCCGUCAUUGGGCGAGCCGCAAAUCUUCUCGGGAACAACUCCACAAAGCUAGAAAUGUUCCGCUCGCUCAUCUCCAACUACAAUAGGGGGUCGAUGACAGCGGAGCUGUUGGUCGACGAGUUCUUUUCUCUAUUCUCCGAGACCUCGUCUCACGCCCUCGGGACUCUGGUCCGCGAAGCUGCUGAGCUAUUCGACGACAAGAAGAAAGGGGAGGCUCUGCGCAAAGCCUGGCACAACUGGCGUGCUGCUGCCACAGAGGACUAUCCGUCCCUCCCUGGUCUCGGAGGGGCGCAGAGCUCGGCGGCAACAUCCAGCGCCUGGGCUGCCGCUGCCGCCUCAGGCCCGACCAUUGUGCGAGGAAUUUCGACCAGCAACACACCAGCUGCACAGGCGAGGCAGACAACGAGAGUUCUCAAGCUCAAGAACAGCACCAGGCGGGGAAGUGCAGGGUCUGGGGUGUCCAUUCCGGGACUCAGCCCCAGUUCAUCGACAGCGUCGUCAUCCGACAGGAUAACGAGUCGCGGCAACAAUAACAGCAGUAAUAGCAAUAACAACGACAUCAUCCCGUCUCGCUCGGCUUUCCCCGCACUCCCCGGCGCCGCCACUUCAAACUCAACACAGCCCACCUGGAUUGGCGGGGCUGGGCCAGCUAUCACAAGGCCGCCGCUAAGACCUGCGGUAGUUGGGUUCUCGCAGCCGUCAUAUGGCGGGGGUGGCGGUGGUGCUGGUGCUGGUGGUGUUGGUGGCGGGAGGAGAACCGGCGUCAAUGGUGAUGGUGAGGACGCUUUCCCCGCCCUGCCGGCGGCGCCGAAACCCACCACGACCAUCUUUGGCUACGGCUCAGGUGUUGUGCGCCGCGAUUUCGGCCAGUCGCGUGGUACCUUCAACUGGGGAACGGCACAGGAGCCGCCUCCCACAGAGGAUGCCGAAGAGGCUGCACCGGCUCCCGGGGGCGCCAAGGGUAAAAAGAAGAACAAGAAGCAGGUGCUGGUGCAGUGGGGCUAG